CCCUUCCACUCAAAGUACAAAAACUGUUUGUGAUACCGGCACAAAGGAGAAGCAGAACUGAGCAUGAUGCGUGCUGAGCAAAUGCUUGUGAGGCUGUUUGAGGGAGAGACAAACUGAAGACAGAGAGAGAGAAGUAGAUACUGAGUGACUCAGUCAGGAAGGCCAAUACAGAGGUGGGGGGCAGGCCAGGAAACAGACUCUGAGGACAAUCAGUGAAUCACACUCACAUUGUGACACACAGACGGAGAGCAGGAGCUCAACUCCAGCUUCAGUUCUGCUCCUGGGAAGCAGCCGGGUGAUUUGUGGUCAGGACCUUGUGAGAGGGGGAAAGCUAAUGAUAACUUUGCUGCUUUGGAACUGAAAAGGACAAGAACACAGGACUAAGUUUUGACAAAUAGAAGGGAUUUUGCCAUGAGGGCAUCACUCUGGCGGACCUGAAUGUGGAUAUGCCAUCAUUCCUUUUGUGGACUCAGCAGCUCGUGGUGGUUGAGGACUUCUUGAGUGAAAAGGAGACACAUUUGUGUGACUGAUAUAUCUGAAAUGUACAACAAUACCCUCCUGACUGACAAUUUCACCCUGCCAUUGGCUGAAAAUAACUCAACAAACAACUCUACCUGCAGCAAGAACGAUGGGUUCAAAUACCCAUUGUACAGUACAAUCUUUAGCAUUGUGUUUGUGGUGGGACUGAUCACCAAUGUUGUGGCCAUUUACAUAUUCACCUGCUCUCUGAAGCUGAAGAACGAGACCACGACCUACAUGAUGAACUUGGUAGUGUCUGAUCUGCUGUUUGUCUUCACGCUGCCUCUGAGGGUCUUCUACUUCAUCAACCAGAACUGGCCUUUUGGAAGCAUGCUCUGCAAGGUCUCUGUCUCGCUGUUCUACACCAAUAUGUAUGGCAGCAUGCUAUUUCUCACCUGCAUUAGCGUGGAUCGCUUUUUAGCCAUUGUGCACCCUUUCCGCUCAAGGACACUUAGGACCCAGCGCAAUGCUAGGAUAGUGUGUAUUGCUGUGUGGGUGCUGGUGCUGUCAGGGAGUCUCCCCACAGGGUUCAUGUUGGAGACCACCUCAAGUGAGAACAGCAAGACUAAUGCCACUUUCUGCUUCGAGAACUUCUCCUCCAAGCAGUGGAAAUCUCAUCUCUCUAAGGUGGUGAUCUUCAUAGAGACAGUGGGCUUCCUCAUCCCGCUUCUGCUCAACGUAUGUUGCUCCAUCAUGGUGUUGCAGACCCUACGUCGCCCCCAAACCAUCAGUCGUGGGGGGAAGCUGAACAAAACAAAGAUCCUGCGCAUGAUAAUUGUGCACCUCUUUAUUUUUUGUUUUUGCUUCAUCCCCUACAAUGUAAACUUGGUUUUCUAUGCUCUGGUCCGCACUAAAACUUUAAAAGGCUGCUUUGUGGAGUCGGUGGUCCGAACGAUCUACCCAAUAGCCCUCUGCAUUGCUGUGUCCAACUGCUGCUUUGAUCCCAUUGUUUACUAUUUCACCUCAGAGACCAUCCAGAACUCCAUCAGGAGGAAGUCUCAGGUCAGCCGUUCAUAUGACGUCAAGUUCUCCGAGGCCCUGCAGUCAGAAACCAGCUCCAACCUGCAGUGCAGCCUGAGGAAUCUCAAAGCUAAAGUCUUCCACAAUGAGUCUUCAGUGUGAAGGUGGGGUUGCUACACUCAGGAUGAAACGCAUUAAAAUCCAUCCUUCCUUAGAAAAACAAACCUCCUUGAGGUAAUGGGAAUGGAUUUUUUGGAGUGCUUCCUGGAGCACCUGCCAACGAAGUAUGAUCUGAUCUCAGGGCAAAUGUUGGACCUGUCACUGACAGCCUCUGCUCUGCAGUAUUACUGAAACAUGACCCUUUGUUCACAUCUGUGGAUUUGUUAUUCCUGUUUACUAAUUCCCCUUUCCUGUGGAAUAUACUGUAAUUGUGUUAAGCACAAUUACUGUGCCAGUGACCUGGAAGGGAACGUGAUCACUGAACAGCAGGACAGUUUGAUAUUGAAUGCUGCAUGUGCCUGUAUAUCUGUACAUUUCUGUGGUAAGUUGUGGUGCUAACUUUAGAAUAGUAUCUAUUAAAUUAACAUAAAGCUAUAUCAAGCUAUAGAUUGUACAGGGCUUUAUUUUGUUUUAUAAUUGUAAAUUCCAAAUAGGUCCUAGAAGUGCCUUUUUUGCUCUGGCAGCAUUUCAUUGUAGUCUCUGUCUCUAUAGACCACUUAAUGCACUGACACAGAAUUCUACAUACUCCACUCAUGCCACGUGAAUAAAAGUCAUGUACUGUCUAAAACAAA